AUUCGUUUUGUUUACUUCCGGUUGUGCAAUUUGUCAGUUUUAUUUAUAAAAAUACUGUGAUGAAAUUUCUUGCAGGUAGUCUUUUAAUCUCCAUUUGAUCUUACACAGUUGCACACAGUCAGAAUGUGGACUAUCAUUUCACAAAUCAUUUCCUUUGAUGAAAUCAGCAAAAACUUCAAAACGUGGAAAGAAAGGGAUAGAUUUAAAAGUGAUUCCACUCAAGAUAACGACAGAGACAGAAAAUCUAGCAUUAGUGGCGUAAAAAACGAGGAGAAAGGAUUACUUCCGUUAGGCAAUGGGAGCUGGAUUUUUCUUCAAACAUUCCAGUGGGAAAAACAAAACGAAAGUAGGCGAUCGUUGCAAAGACACACUUUUUUCAGUUGGAUGUACAACAAGGAUGCCUUGCUACAUUAUAUUGCAGAUUUGGGAGUUCUUCAUUUUUUCUCCAUUUAUCAGAACGUGUGCGGGGUGUUGGUUGAAAACAAUGUUGUCAAUCUGUCUUGGAAAACCUUCGAGCCUUACCUGUGUGACACGUAUCAUCACGCAGAUGUGUUUAGAUGUCGGAGGCUGACCAAGCAGAAGAUAGACGUGGUCAAAGUGUCCGUUGUAGUGGAGGAGCAUGCUGUUGGUCAUGACUUCGAAACCAAGGAUGGACAGAUUCGUAUGCAAGCGUUUUCUACUCUUGUUCGAAAACUCGUUCCACUACCUUCCGUUGGUGAACAGUUUAUGUGCUAUGUUAAAGGAGAUGUGUACUUAACAGGCAUUCUAAAAUACUUCUUUAUUCGUCAGGUUUUUAACGACAGGGGUGUUCGUUUAGGGAGGUCCGAAUAUGAAGACAUGCAGCGCCGCCUGGAGUCUUGCAAAAGACUGCAGCAAAGUUUUGACGCCAGUAUUGACGCGUUUUCUCUACAGCUGGCAGAGGCUGGCUACUUCCUCACUACUGACUACAAACUAGCGCAGUGUUUCAAAUGUGGCGGGGUUUUACAGUUGAAAAAGUUUGAUUUUGAUCCAUGGGAAGACCACGCCUACUGGCAUCCAAGCUGCCCGUUCCUCUUAGAAAGAAGAGGACAGGAGUUUGUGGACAAAGUGCGACAGAAACUCAAACAACGUUGUAAUUUCAAUUCGGAGUGUGUUUUCACAUUCAGACUUCGGAAUCUCGCGCCUGUUUGUCCUCUAGGUAGCGGAGCAAUACCCGACAGCGAUUCGUCGGACGACGAUGAUGACGAGAUGGGCGAGGAUUCGGAUGACUAUUUCGGAUCAGAGAGCCCGGAAAGUGACUAUUUCUCGGAUGAUGAAAUAUUUUGAAUAUAAUUUUAAUGUUUUUUCUCUCUCUCUCUCUCUCUGUGCAUUUGUCUAUACGUACAAAUUGUACGAACAAUCUACUUGAUAUGUUAAAAGUGGUCUAUCAUGUUCAGGUGUAUAUGAUAGUCGACAAUUUAUGAUUCUUUUUGAUGAUAAAAUAGUGCAAAUACAAACGGUUGAAUUCUAUAGCAGAAAUAAAUUAAUUCAUUACCUCAUG